AAAAUGACCAAAUAGUCAGAGUUUAUCAGGACGCGAACGCGGGAGGUAUAUCGAGACGAACACUGCCAUAUCAUAUGUUUUUUUUCUUACUUGGAUACUAAUCUCACAUUCAAACACAAUGGCAUCUUUAGGUUCAAUUGCCACCCUUUCCGGCCUUGUUGCAUUCCUAGCCCUUCUUACAAACACAGUAGCGCGACCACUAUCAAAAUCACAGCAUCUCGAGUUUCCGGAAACAGCCGAGGAGAUCACGAAGAUAACCGAAGGCAAACGCAAGGAUACGCUACUCAAUAAAGUCAUCCUCACGGCGCUAAGGGAUAGAAGAGACGGGACACAAGCGCAACAUUUGACAAAAGAUUAUGUGCGUCGACGGUUGGAUGAGACGCUUAUUCACGUGCGGGAUUUAAUAUAUAGAGCAAACGACACGUAUAAUCUGCUGUGUUACCAGAAACACGCUUUACUACCACACAACGAUCCACGAUUGAGUACUUGUCGAGGUUUCACUCAGGCGAGCUUGGAGAUACGGGGAGCUUUAAACAUUCCUGAUCACGCUGGAUAUGAAUUCCAACUUGACUCAGAUUCAAGAGACUUAUUAAAGACCGUUUAUCAUAAAUCUUGGGAAAUAACGAGAGAAUAUCAAUUCGUGGUUUCAAAUAUGACCACGUUAGAAGAGGACUAUCUAUGUAAUGGACAUAGUUGUGAAAUAAAAUGUACGGACAGGAUACGUAAUUCAGAUCCUCAUAGUUUCUUGUGCCAAUUACGGACUUUAGAAUCAAGAAUUAUUAGUUUUUCAAAAAUAUUAGUGCGUUCGAUGAACAUGCUUCACUUGUCGCCAAAAUCGAAUAGGAGGGUUUUUAUCACGGGACGGCCUGAGGUGUCGGAACAUACCCGACUAAUGUACAAUUUCGCAGCGUCAUACCAGCUUUAUCGACAGGCGGAGGAGAUCGAAUAUGCAAUUCAACUCACGCGAAAUACCGUCUCGUAACCAAAAAACAUUCAGAAUCAAAAACCUUCCACUUCAUCUGUUCAAGCUUCGUCUCCAGGGGAUCUGGACACUUUAAAACUUCGGGUGCUGCACUGGAAACGAGGUUGUUCUAUCGUCUGUUUUCUGAGAUAUUCAAAUGAUCUGCUUAUGGAUCACGUCAUCAGUUUGGCGUGAUUCGAUUGGUGCCUGCGGGUCAGGUUACUAUUUCUGGCUUUGUGUACUCUCCUCACUCAAUGCCAAGGAUGUCAUGGCACGUGUCCAAACAUAGCAGAUGCUGAAAAAUGUGCAUUCAUGUAGAGAAAGUGAGUUAAAUUAAUGAUCUUAGUUUGGGAAUUUCUAGGAGAGCUGUAAUUGGUUAUUGCCCUUGAACUAAAGUGUAUCUAGUCUUUGAGUGUCCCUAGUAUUACUGGUAUUACCCAUGGUUUGUACUGACCUAGUCACAGUCAACAGAAUACAGACCUAAACGCGUCAAGCUUUCUUCUACCUUUCAAUGCAAUAACAUAUGCAUUUUCAUACCUUUCAUAAAGAGCAUGUUUUCAAAUCCAAAGUCACAAAGCUAUCUUAUUUGUGUUGACAAAAGUUUGUAGGGGGCGUCGAAAUGAUGAAAAGUCCAGAGCAAACAGUACUUUCUGGGUCGAGGAAUAGAAAACGGUAUUAUGACUUACAAUAUUUAGUCUUUGGCAAUGAAUUUUACUUGCUUCAUAUUUCACCACUGGUGCGAAACUUUGCUUUAAAAUUUGGAGUCGCCCUUACCACUGCAUUCGUAUUGCGGUGCAUAACAAGUGUUUUAAGUGGUAAGCGUGAUGCCUUGUCAUACAUGUACAUGUAACCAAAUACACACCCCAUUCACAGAUUCACUGCCAUGACACCCUUGGAAUCUUCCUUUGAGUACCUAGCCUCUCUGAUCUCAAAUUGUUGUGAUAUCAUGCGCAUCCACUUACUCCUGUUUCGCUCUUUCAUAUUUUGUGUCGGAAGUAUUCAAAUACCUCAUGUGAUUUUAUUUGUCUUAUCAUGUUCAUAUGUAUUCUUGUGACCACUGAUACGUCGAGUUGAAACGUUGGAAUGAAAGUAACGUGACGAGUACGCCGUAUCGGCGGUUCGAUGUCUGAAGCUGUUAUAGGUAAUGCGUGUGAGAAAGUUUUCAUUCUAUGCAUGUGUGCAUUAUAUUAGUAUUUAUUAAUUUAUUCGAUGUAUUUCACAGCUUCUUUGCAUGAUGUUGUUUACUUUAGAGGAUGUUGCGUCAGUUUUAUCACAUAUAUAUUAUGUGCUCCAUUGCACCACAAAAUGUAUUCACGACCGAAUGUGUCGUCAUGAGAGGUUGAAUCUCGUUCUUGGGUUAGUUUCAAAUGAAGUCUCGUUGUUGGUUCCGCUGUUUGCACUCUUCUUAUUUGUAUUCUUACAUUUCUGCCGGAACAUAUGAGCGAUGAUAACCAGCUGAAAUGAUUGCAGCAUUCUUUGCUCAAACAUGUUCGGCACAAGGUACUAAAUCAGUUUCACAUUCUGUCAGCAGGAACGCCCGCAGGAACAUAACUAGACA